ACGGUUUGGAAAGCUGUCAGCCGACUAAAACCAUUUUCAACUCCGCCGGCUUUACUAUUUGACCAUUUCGUCAAACACCUCGUCUCCUCCAUCUUCCUCCCAUUCAUUCAAUCAGCCCUAAAUCUCCAACGCCUGAGAAGUUCAAGAUCUUUUAGCGGCUUUAAUUUGACGAUCGGUUCUUCGUCUGAUUUCCGCGAUGUCGAGGAUGUACGGAGGCGGAGGCGACUACAAUCAGAAGAUCGACUACGUGUUCAAGGUGGUGCUGAUCGGAGACUCGGCGGUCGGGAAGUCGCAGCUCCUGGCGCGGUUCUCUAGGAACGACUUCAGCAUCGACUCCAAGGCCACCAUCGGAGUCGAAUUCCAGACUCGGACGGUCGUCAUCGAUGACAAGAGCGUCAAGGCUCAGAUUUGGGACACCGCCGGCCAAGAGAGAUAUCGAGCAGUGACAAGUGCAUACUACAGAGGUGCACUGGGAGCAAUGCUGGUCUAUGACAUAACCAAACGUCAAACAUUCGACCAUAUUGCAAGGUGGUUAGAGGAGCUGCGUGGCCAUGCUGAUAAGAACCUUGUGAUCAUACUUGUGGGCAACAAGACUGACCUGGAGAGUGACAGAGAUGUGUCUACAGAGGAUGCCAAGGAGUAUGCUGAGAAGGAGAAUCUGUUCUUCAUUGAAACAUCCGCCCUCGAGUCAAUCAAUGUCGAGACAGCUUUCCUCAACAUCCUGACAGAGAUUUACCGGGUUGUCAGCAAAAAAUCUCUUGUCGCCAAUGAAGAAGCAGAAUCAGCUGGAAGUUCAUCCCUUCUCAAGGGAACUCAAAUUGUUCUCCCUGGGCCUGGACAGGAACCUGUAUCAGCUGGGAGUUCAUAUAGUUGCUGUAGAUCUUCAUAGAACGGAUUCUUCCCAGAAUUGGUUUUGCAGUCAUAUACCAGCAUAGGUGAAGCAUCUUCUGCUGCAUGAGAAUACAUCUCCAUCAUCUGAUGAUCUUUUUGGUUCAUAUUUAGGUUUUCUGUAUGUAACUCUAGGCUUUUCGGCCACGAUGAUGAUUCACAUGAAAUUGGUAGUUUUAAAUGUAAUAUGAUUGAUCAAUAGUCCACGUUUUUCUAGUCACGAAAAGGGUGAGUUGAACUCAGAACCUUGUGGUUACCAAACCAACUCCGCUGGGAAAUUGUCACCGAAGUAUGAUCUGAGCUGUAGAAUUUGUUCAUAUAGUCGUAUGUUUUCAAUCUUUCAUAUAUGAAUUAUAAAGCUUUCUUGAAA